AUGGAGGCCAUUAAAGGCUUGGCGCGCCGCACAACCCAGAGCAUCAGGGAAAAGGUUAAAAACAGGGAGGCGACAGGCCACGAUGAGUUGUUGGAAGUGACGAGCAAAAAGGUGCUUCAGUACCAGAAGUCCGGCGAGGUCAUUUGCAGCAAACUAAUACGUGCCGCGGGUCUCAUUGAAGAGCUAGGCCGACUCCUGAAGGAUGUCGGGGAGGAAUACCAAAGCAUAUCGGAUUUGCCGCAGGAGUCGAGCCAACUUGCGACAGAUGUCUUGGAUAUGGGCACAAAACUUGUUGCCACGGCACAGGAGCAUCAAAAAGGUUUGAAGGAGGAGGGUUUUGAUGUGUUGAAUGCCUUCAUAAAGAACACCAGUAAGUUGAGGGAUGCGGAGGAGGCCCGUCGCAAGAACCGGCUAGAGUACGACUUUUUUCGCCAAAAGGUACUUGACCUGCGUUCUUGUCCGCCCAAAGACACAUCACGCAUUCCACGAAACGAGCAAAAGAUGGAAAACUGGCGUGUGGAGUUUUGGCGAGCCACUGAGAACCACAAGGCAGUCUGCUCACAGCUUUAUGUUGAGGGCCAACGCGCCAUUGACCUUAGCGUGCUGACUCUUACGAAGGUCCUUGGGAGUUUCAUGAACAUUGCUGGGGAUGGCUUUAAGCAACAGUUCGUCAAUGCGCGGCUGCCGGUGUAUCCGACCGCACCUAUUUUACCUCCAGCGCCACUUCCGCCAAAUCCGAUGCCUGCUUUUCAGCCGCUCUAUAAUGCAGGGGGCCACACCACUGUUACCUACGGACAACUGCAACAGCAGCUACCCUGGCCACAGGAUCUGCCACCGCAGUCACAAGAACGCCAGGGGUGGCAGGAAGGCUACCCAUCCGGCUGGUCACAACAGUGGCAACAACAGCAACAAGAACAACAACAACAACAGCCAUCUUCGGUUGAAUCUCACAUUUCGCAGCAUCAGCAUUCAUGGGGGCAAUUACCGCCUCAACUGCAGCCAGUGUUUGAAAAAUGGCAGACGCCAGAACAACAACAACAACAACAACAACAACAAGGCCGGAAUUUAUCACAGCAGAACACAUCAUCUGUUGUCGGUCUGCAUGCAUCUUCAAACAACUAUCGGUCUUCGGAUUUUGCCUACACGAAGCCAUCUGAAGGUAACGGGAACGGUAUUCAUCUGCUGAAUUCGCCUCAAACCUCAGCGUCAUCAUUGGCUGAAGGCAAAUAG